AUGAGGACCCUUAAUUUUAUCACAGGCAACAAAAAUAAAUUGGCAGAAGUCCAAGCCAUUCUCGGCGACACAGUGGAAGUUCAAAACCGUGCCAUUGACGUCCCGGAAAUCCAGGGCACUUCAGAGGAAAUCGCAAAAGAAAAAUGCCGCCGUGCAGCCGAAGUGGUAGCGUCCGCCAAUCUGAACCAGAUAGGUGGCCCUGUCUUGACAGAGGACACUGCACUUGAAUUUCACGCGUUGAAGGGGCUCCCUGGUCCAUAUAUUAAAUGGUUCCUCGAAGCUCUUGGCCAUGACGGCUUAAACAAAUUGCUUGAUCCGUACGAAGACAAGUCCGCUGAAGCUGUUUGUACAUUCGCCUUUUGCAGAGGCCCCGGAGAAGAGCCUAUACUGUUUCAAGGAAGGACCGUGGGUAAAAUCGUAGCAGCACGCGGCCCAGCGAAUUUUGGAUGGGAUCCAAUCUUCGAAUACGAAGGCCGGACCUACGCAGAGAUGGAUAAGCAGGAGAAGGUAAACCCUGAAAACAUGUGUCCCGUUGCCUUAGUCACUGAUCGAUGA